AUGGCCAAGGCUUGUGUACUCCGCGGUGCCAUGCUGAUAGUGUGCACGCUCUUGCUUCUCUCGUCCUCUUUCAUGGCGGCCGAGCCGGCUGGCCAACAAUUGGAUCAUGUGAGAAAGGCCACGGUGGCGGCCACGACAAUGGCGGCAGGGCGUUUUGUGAGGAAUGUUCUGCGGGAGGAGGUUGUCCAGGCGGACGACGUCAAUGGUGUCGUUGACAUUGGCGACUCUAAGAGGAAGAGCCCCGGUGGCCCAGACCCGCAGCAUCAUUAA